AUGUCUGAACGAAACAACAAAAAACUUCCACCCACGGAAGCUCCUGUGCCACCAUUCGGUAAACCAGGGAACCAAGGUUCACAUAUAGACAGACGAGCUCUCCGUCAUGAAAACUUCCUCUGCAACAUUGCAGAUGCUAUCGUUCCCUCAGGUCUCUUCAGAGAUCAUAAUAAGCACCGCCGCGAUACGGCCUACAAAUCUGGGGAUUUCAAAAAGGCUGAAGUUGACGUCAAAGAUGAAGAAGAUGAUUGGGUCAACCUUACGGAUAAGACUACCAAGUCUGGCCCUAUUCAAAUCACUCCUCGUGCUUCCAACUCACCGGAGCGCUCUAGAGUGAUGACUAAGCCUCAACCUACCAGUCCCGGAUUCGAGCAAGCUAGACUCAGCGCGAGAUCUUUUGAAAAUGCGAGUGUUGCUUGGGCUAUCACCAGUGAUACUGAUUUAACUCCUGCAGUGGUUGGUCAGCCUGAUAAUUCCAAGUUCGUGCUUCGCCGAUACGAUAUCCGCGAUCCUACCAAAAUCGAGAAGAAGCGAAUUGAAUUGCAUAUUGAUGAGUUUGACUGGAAUAAUAAGGAACAUGUUGGUAGACUUAACAAGGCUCGUCGACAGUGGGAGAUUAACACUCUAGAGUCUAAUCCUCAGACUAGUGGGAAGUCUCGAGUUACUGUUGAUGGUAGGGACUCGCCAUUUGAUAUUUCGGCUGGAUCAUGGUCAUUGGGCGAGGAAGAGGAGGAGGAGGAGGAUGAUCUAAGACUAAAUUGA